GGCCGCCACCCAGGCUCACACAGCAGACCCCAGAAGAGCCCCAAACGGUGCGUCUGCACACCCAGGACCUGCACACGGUAGAUAUUCAGGAAAUGCUGUUCACAUCGGUCACACGGGCAUUUCCACAGCAUCAUACACGACACCCGAGACACCCACCCACCUCCCAGGUGAGGGUGGGGCAGUAGGGGGAGAGGGCUCACUCGACAGGCUCGGGCUCACUGACUCAGCUGGGAGGGCACAGAGCGUGGGCGGGCGGGCGGCGGGCACAGGCCAGGACCUGCCUGACGAGCGUCCUCUUCCCAUCUCGGCCCUGCCUGGUGCCCCGGGAGGGAGGGGACUGGAGGGAUGGGAGGAGAGGAGAGACCGCCCAGUGGGCUCAGGCCUGGCUCUGCCCAUGGCCCCAGUCACAGGCCCCUUGCCACGUCCACACGCCCCUUGGGGCUGGGCAGUGUUUUCCUUCCGGAGUCACCGUGGUACCUGAGCUGCUUUGCAGCACUCGACCUCCACCGCAGGGACCCACCGCAGCCAGGUCCCAGGUGUCAGUGUGCCUGCGUGACCAGGUGUGCCUCUCACCGGGGGGAGCCACGUGUGCCCAGCCUGGGCGCUGCCCCAGCUGAUGCCCCAGAGGGGCCACCCAUCUCAAGAGGGACUCUGGUCCCUGCCUGGCCUCCUCAUGGCACAUGAGCCAGAGCCUGAGGCUGACUGGCUCUUGGACCUCAGCUUCCUGACGGAGGAGGAGCAGGAGGCCAUUGCUGAGGUCCUUAAGCGAGAUGCCCGCCUGCGCCAGCUGGAGGAGGGACGGGUCAGCAAGCUCCGAGCAUCGCUGGCAGACCCUGGGCAGCUGAAGAUCCUAACAGGGGACUGGUUCCAGGAAGCACGCUCCCAGCGGCACCACCACACCCACCUCGGCUCUGAUCUUGUCCGAGCCUCCAUCCGUAGGAAGAAGGGCUCCAGGGGAGACCAGGCUCAGGGCAGCGAUGGGGAGGCUGAGGCUGCUGAGAAAGAGACGGAAGAGGCGCUGGAGCCCAGGCUCCACAUAGACGAGGCCCCCCAAGAGAGGCUCAGCAAGGCUGAGGGACCUGAUUUUCCCUCACCAUAUGUCCCCCCAAAGGCUUCAGAUCAUGAGGAGGAGCCCCAGGCCCAGGACGGUGCGUGGGAAGGGGCGGGGCGGGCAGGGGAGAGACUCGCUGAGACCUUUGUGCCCCUCCCAGCCCCCGGCCCGGGGGGCUCUCGGGUCUUAGCCGCCGAGGAGGCGGGCCCGGAGCCGCAGCCGCCGUCGAGGGCAGAGGAGGAGCCGCAGCCCCCGCCCGUCCAGACCCAGGCGGCAUCCGAGAUCCUGGAGAAUGGGGAGGAGGCCUCGGGUCCCAAUCCCUCAUUCGACCGCAUGCUGAGCAGCAGCUCCUCCACGUCCAGCCUCAACUCCUCCACGCUGAGCGGCAGCCAAAUGAGCCUGUCGGGGGAGGCGGAGGCGGGCGCGGUGCAGGUGCGCGGCUCGGUGCACUUCGCGCUGCACUACGAGCCGGGGGCCGCCGAGCUGCGCGUGCACGUGAUCCAGUGCCAGGGCCUGGCCGCCGCCCGGCGCCGCCGCUCCGACCCCUACGUCAAAAGCUACCUCCUCCCGGAUAAGCAGAGCAAGCGCAAGACCUCAGUGAAGAAACGGAAUCUGAACCCGGUCUUCAAUGAGACUCUCCGGUACUCCAUCCCGCAGGCCGAGCUCCGGGGCCGCGUGCUGAGCCUGUCCGUGUGGCACCGCGAAAGCCUGGGUCGCAACAUCUUUCUGGGCGAAGUCGAAGUGCCUCUGGACACGUGGAACUGGGACUCCGAGCCCACCUGGCUUCCCCUGCAGCCCCGGGUCCCGCCUUCUCCCGACGACCUUCCCAGCCGCGGGCUCCUCUCUCUGUCCCUCAAGUACGUCCCCGCUAGCUCCGAGGGCCCAGGACUGCCCCCGAGCGGGGAGCUGCACUUCUGGGUGAAGGAAGCUCAAGAUCUUGUGCCUCUGCGCCCAGGGUCCCUGGAUACUUACGUGCGAUGCUCGGUGCUGCCUGAUGACAGCCGGGCCAGCCGCCAGCAGACAAGGGUGGUGCGACGCAGCCUCAGCCCCAUGUUCAAUCACACCAUGGUUUAUGAUGGCUUCGGGCCUGCUGACCUGCACCAGGCCUGUGCUGAGCUCUCUCUCUGGGACCAUGGGCCCCUGGCCAGUCGCCAGCUGGGGGGCACACGCCUCAGCCUGGGCACCGGCAGCAGCUAUGGGCUCCAGGUGCCCUGGAUGGACUCCACCCCUGAGGAGAGGAAGCUGUGGCAGACCCUCCUGGAGCGGCCAUGCGAGUGGGUGGAUGGCCUUCUGCCCCUCAGAACUAACCUGGCCCCCAGGACAUAGCUGCCCUAGAAGCCCUGCAAAACCCCUCUUUCUGGACCUCCAUCUCAGGGCCUGCCCUUGGCUAAAGUCAAUAAAGUGUAUUCUGAGGGCAACAAGGGGCUGA